UUGUGAAAUCUACUUCAAAGCGAAAAUUUUGCAUGUAUUCUGCUAAAGUCCUAAAUAAACUACUAAAGGAAGCUCCCAAAGAUGCUGAAGGAAGCAAAGAGAUUGCAGAGUUACGAAAACUGAUCAUGGAACUGAUGAAACCGCGACUGGGACAACUACUUCAGAUCUUAAAGACUCGCAUGAUUGCUACCACUCGAGAUGAGUUUCAGGAUGAAAAUGAGGACUGGUGGCCAGAUUACGAGCUCCUAUCAUCAAACUGGCGGGCCAUCACCGAUAUGAAUGGGUUUUUAGUCUGCACUCAGGAUGCUCUGAAGGGAUUACCGGAUGACCUUAGGGCCAUUGGUGAAAGUUUCGAUUAUGCCUAUUCGGUAACAAAGCCCAUCACUAUUCGGAAUAAGACAAAAAACUAUAUUCUAGUGGUGGAGCUCUUAGAGGACAUGGAGGACUUCGUAAUGCACUUCAGCCGCCUGUGCAGCAAGAAUCUGGACGAGCGCAGGGACCUAUACGAUCUGGCUUCGAUAACUAAGGACACCGGGGACAGGAUCAAGGUGAAAAUCUUCGAUGAACGCACCUUUGUGCAGUUGCAGUCGCGAAUUGCAAGCCUUAGGAACUACAUAAGGGACUUCAGUGCCCUUUUCGAUGUCCACUUGGAGUCCAAAGAGGAGGCUGAAUUCAAGCCAUUGUAUAUGCUGGCAAAAACCCAAGAGCCGCUCGCCACGGUUGCCACUGCUGAUAAGACCCGGACUUAAGCCAGAUCGAUCAGGAAGUCAUCUCACCGUCUAUUCCCAAGGCAUGGCUUCCAACGGUUUUCAUUGUACAAUACCCACACUGGCAGAUACAGAACACAGAACACAGAAACAUGACUCCCCGGCAUAUGGGCGGUAAUAAAGAGUUCGCCUCCAGUGUAUUGGAGUA